AAGUCGAGCCGCGUUUAAAGCCGCCGUGAUCGCUAUGAUCCAGAAAGAACCGGAAGGUGAAAAAAGGAUUGCUGUCUGGUGUUGAUCAUGGAGGCUGCGGCGUCUCCUCUGCCACCAAUCUGCCCCGUGGCUUCAGAGAAGAAUGCCCACAUCCUGGUCGGGGUAACUGGGAGUGUGGCUGCGCUAAAGUUGCCUCUUUUGGUGGCAGAGCUUCUGAAGAUACCUGGACUGGAAGUUCUGGUGGUGACAACAGAAAAUGCAAAACACUUCUAUAAACCCAAAGAGAUACCUGUAAGAAUCUACAGCGACUCCGACGAAUGGCAGCUGUGGAAAAAGCGCACCGACCCUGUGCUACACAUUGACUUGAGGCGCUGGGCUGACCUCAUGCUGGUGGCUCCUCUGGAUGCAAACACCCUUGCCAAAAUUGCAAAUGGCAUUUGUGACAACUUACUGACGUGCGUCAUCCGUGCUUGGGACAUGAGCAAACCGUUGCUCUUCUGCCCUGCCAUGAACACCCUUAUGUGGGAGCACCCCAUCACGGCUCGGCAGGUGGGGCAGCUGAAAGAACUCGGCUACGUCGAGAUCCCUUGCAUAGUGAAGAAACUGGUUUGUGGAGACGAAGGCCGAGGGGCCAUGGCAGACAUUUCGACCAUUGUGGAAAAAACAGACUUGCUGUUGGAACGGGGCCUGCUGAAGCCGAAGUGAUUCCAACCUGCAGGUUUGUUGUUGUUAGUUGCAAAGUUGUGUCCGACCCAUCGCGACCCCAUGGACAACGUUCCUCCAGGCCUUCCUGUCCUCUACCGUCUUCUGGAGUCCCUUUAAGCUCACACCGACUGCUUCGGUGACUCCAUCCAGCCACCUCGUUCUCUGCCGUCCCCUUCUUCUUUUGCCCUCCAUCGUUCCCAGCGUUAGGCUCUUCUCCAGGGAGUCCUUCCUUCUCAUUAGGUGUCCAAAGGAUUUGAGUUUCAUCUUCAAGAUCUGGUCUUCUAAAGAGCAGUCAGGGUUGAUCUCCUCUAGGACUGACCGGUUGGAUCGCCUUGCAGUCUAAGGGACCCGCAGGAGUCUUCUCCAGCACAAAGGCCUCAAUUCUUUGGCUCUCCCGCUUUUCGUGGAAUUUUACUCAGUGAAGCUGGGAAGGGGUGGAUCGGGAAAAGGAAAACUGGGAAAAAGCCAGCUUGCCUCUUGUUUUACAGAAAGAGUAGCGGAAGCUCGGAACCAAACUCCCAGGGGAUCAUGGUAGUUGUGGGUCAUUCCUCAGUAACUUGAAUUUAAACACGUUUGGGAUAAACACAUUUCCAUCAUUGGACUAAAAUUAAAUAAGUAAAUAAGUAAAACAAUAAACGAAUAAGUAAAUAAAAAUAUAAAUAGAUAAAUUAGAAAGAAAACUAAAACGAGCCAAAAAAUCCCCACCCAUUCUCAAAGAACAGAUUCAAUGGAUUACCAGGUUAUAGGUAUUAUAGUUACUAUAGGUUCUCCUGCUUGAACGGGACUGGACUAGAAGACCUCCAAGAUCCCUUUCAGUCUAUUCUGUUCAGUUCUGUUCUGUUCUAUUCCGUGUUCUAUUAUUUAUUUAUUUAUUAGUCAUAUUUCUAUGCCGCCUACUCUCCGAGGACUCUGGGCGGCUUACACCAAAGACAGUAUAUUAAAUAGCAUAUUGCCCCCAACAAUCUGGGUCCUCAUUUUACCCACCUCGGAAGGAUGGAAGGCUGAGUCAACCUUGAGCCAGUGAGAUUUGAUCCGCUGAACUAGCAGUCAGCUGAAGUAGCUGCAGUACUGCAUUCUAACCAUUGCGCCACCUCGGCUCUUCUCUUCUCUUCUCUUCUCUUCUCUUCUAUUCUCUUCUCUUCUCUUCUCUUCUAUUCUAUUCUCUUCUAUUCUCCUCUCCUCUCCUCUACUCUACUCUACUCUACUCUACUCUACUCUACUCUACUCUACUCUACUCUACUCUACUCUACUCUACUCUUUCCCCUGCUCCCCAUCAGUUUAUUAUGUUUGUACGUUUCUACAAACUCUAUGCAUUUAGGUCCUCUUACGAUGCACCACCAGUGGGUCACUGAGUUGCUUCUUUUGGAUAACGUCCAUUCUGGUUUCAGCCUGAAAUUUUGCACUUCGUUUACACUUCUGGGUUGGGCUUUGUCUACACUUCAGGCUUCUAGAGGUGUUUUUUUUGGAAAGCCCUUGAGAAGAGAAGGGGACCGAGAUGGGUGGAUUCAAGCAGGUGCCUCUCUGUCAACCUCCCACCAAGCUCGCCUCCUGAACUGGCAGCUCGCCAUAGAUGCCUUUAACCUACCUCUGCCAUGCCAGGUGCCUUUCUGCUAACCGCUGCUGGAAUCAAGGGAGCCCCCAUCCCCCAGGCCUUUUGGAUGAGCCUCACGAUGCUUGGGGAACCCCAAGGCCCCAUAUUGUCUGGGGAAGUGACCCUCGGGAUAACUUGCCCUUUGCUCUGAUGGGCUCAGGGUGCCAGGAAUGCGGACAUCAAAGGAGACACACAAACAGUGCCUGAGACACAACGUCAGUGUGGUGCUUCUGCCAGAACACAGGAUGUACUUAGCAUGUUGAUUUGGGGCUGUUUUGUGGGGUGGUGAAUAGAGGUGGAGACGCCCAGGAAUUCCUUUACCGAGAAAGAGGAUCAAUCAUAUGAAAACACUCCCAAAUUCACAAUCAACCACUUGUUACGGGAGUACCGAGAAAAGGGGAUUGAUUAGGAAAAAAGGGAGCCAAGCUUACCUUAUUUCUUCUUUGAUCUUUGUCCAUUGGAAGGGUCAGCAACCUGUCAGAUAAAAAUCAGAGUGUCAAGAAUGAAACAAAGAGGCACGUAUGUUGACCCAGAGUUUAUUCACAUGCCCCUGAGUACAUUAAACAGAUUAAAAAACGACAACAAUAACUCGUCCCUCUUCCCCUCCCCCAAAACCAGGACAACUGCUGUCAAAGAACUACCCUGUGGUAAGAUGAGCGGCCUAUAAAUUUAUAAAUAAAUAGAUAAAUAAGAAUAUCACAGACCUUUUCAUUUUAAUCCUUGGUGCCAGGCCCGCGAUAGGUAAUUAAUUCUCCACUGACGAUCAGUCGCUUAACAACAAUUUGAAGUUACGAUGGACUGGGAAAAAGUUACUUACAACUCAUCCCCAAAGUUAUAGCUGUAGCAUCAUCGUGUAAUCGCAUUUGGGGCCCCUGGCCACUGGCUUGCAUUUACAACAGGUUGCAAAGUUCCACAGUCAUGUGAUCUGGCAAAAAGCAGGAAAAAAAAAGCCCAUCCAUUGGAUAAGCUGGGUUAGGACUUUUUACAACGAUCAUGGGAUUCGUUUAACAACUUACGAUUUGCUUAACAACCAUAGUGACUCAACGUAAGACUUGCAAGGACUUAAAACCAAAUUCUGGCCUUCAGUUGUGGUCAUAAGUGGAGGAAUGGCUGUACAACUUUUUUGCAAGGCAUGAAGGGUGCUAACUGAGCUUAUGGGAUGACGGCCUUACAGAGCUAGCAAAGUCUUAAAAAUUCCCAGUUUGGUCAUAGGUUAAAGGCGUUCAAUGGAGCUGUAGGAUUCAGAAGCAAGUAAAUACAUAUAUAUAUAUAUAUA